AUGUCGACCCCGAAGACCCCCAAAACCCCUCUUGACGAUAAGACUCCCACGACUCCAAAAUCGGGAUCCAUCAAGAAGAAAUUACCAAAUGGCGACUCUCCAACAUCAUUGAAGAAGAAGAUCCCAAAACCUCCUCAAGAUGUCCCGUCGGAGGCCAAAGAUGUCGCAGACAAUCCAUCCCCAGAACAACACUUGAAGAAAAAAAAGAAGAUCCCCAAGGAUGUUGGCGAUAAGGUUCCCAAGGAAGUCAAAGAGCAAGCACCACAGACCCCAUCUGUAUCCGACAUGUCCCAAGUCCCAGAUGAAGCUCCGCAGACUCCCACACCUCAGCGCAAAAUGAUCAAGAAGAAGAAGCCUGCGCCUCCACCAGAGCCCGAGGUUCCUGAAGCUCCUCAACAGGAAGAUAUCAAGCAACCAGAGCCUGAAGCUCCAAAGCCUGAGGCAGUCAAGAAGAAUCAACCAAAUACCGCUCAAAAAGUCGAUUCGCCAACCAAGAAACCACUUCUAAAGAAAAAGAAGAAGCCAGCCCCACCACCUGAGCCUGAGCCGGAACCAGAGCAAGAGGAGGAGGAAGAGGAGCCUGAACCAGAGCCAGAGCCAGUUCACGAGGAGGAAUCCGAGCCCGAGGAAACCCACGAGGCCUCAGAAGAAGAGGAGGAUCACGAUGAGGGCAAUGAAGAAGAAGACGAGGAAGAGGAAGAAGAUCAAGAUCACGACAAUGAAAAUGAGGACGAGGACGAGGGUUACGAAGAGGGAGAAGACGAGGAAGAAGGCGAAGAUGACGGAGCUCCACUCGACAAAGUCCAAGACACCGCCUCCAAAGUCCCAAAACAAGCCCAAGACACAGCUUCCAAAGUCCCAAAGCAAGCCCAAGACGCAGCCGGCGAUCUUCCAAACCAAGGCAAGCAAGGUCUUGACAAAGCUUCCAAGACAUCCAAAGGCGCAACAGACGGCGCGCAGAAGAAGGUCAAGGGCACCACGGACGCAGCACAACAGACCACCAAAGGUGCUACCGAUAAAUUCGGCGGCGGUCUUCCCAACACCGAUUCUCUCCCAGGCGGAGACGCUUUGGGCGGCGCGAAGGAUUCAGCUACCGGUGCCCUUGGUGGCGCGCAAAAGAAAGCUGGUGGUCUGUUUGGUGGUGCUACGGAUCAAGCAAAUGGCCUGACAAAGAAAGCUAAGGAUACAGCUGGUGGUGCGCAGAAGAGCGUUGGAGAUACGGCUUCUAAAGCCAAGGACUCUGUACCCGGCGGUGAUGCUUUGGGAGGCGCAACGGACACAGCUGGUGGUCUUGGAGACAAGGCCCAAGGCGCUGUAGGUGACGCCUCGGAGAAAGCUGGCGGAGUGAAAGACACAGCUGAAGGUGCCGUUGGAGGGGCCACUGACAAAGCUGGCGAUGUCGCGGGCAAGGCUCAAGACACAGCUGGAGGUGCUACCGACAAGGCAAAGGGUGCUCUUGGGGAUGUGGGCGACAAGGCAUCUGGCGCAACAGGCGAUCUUACAGACAAAGCUUCCGGAGCCACAGAUGGCUUGAAAGACACCUCUAGCGGCGCAACGGAUAAAGCUCAAGGUCUCGCGGGAGAUGCUACAUCCAAGGCUACUGAAGGCGUCAAUGGAGUCAAGGAUACAGCAGAUUCUACAGUCAAUGGCGUUAAGGACACAGCUGGUGGAGCCACAGACAAAGUUGGCGAUGUGGCAGGUCAAGCUACAGACAAAGUGGGCGAUGUCACAAAACUCGCAGGCAACACGGUCGAUAAAUCCGGCAACAUCGUCGACGAACAAGGCAAAGUUCUCGGCAAGGCAACAGGAGACAUCUCUUCAAUAGCCGGCAAAAAAGUCAACGAAGCCGGCGAAAUCGUCGACGACAAAGGCAAAGUUCUGGGCAAAGUCCAACCUCCCGACACGGAAGACACAAAAGAAAAGGCGUUGGGCAGUCUGGGGAGUCUGAGUGAGAGCGCCAGCGGCACGGUUGCGAAGCUGAACCUGCCCGAGGUGGGCAAGAGUGAGGGCGCGAAGGGGAACGGGAUUGAGAUCUCGGUGAAGACUACGAAAGAGGGGACUAGUUUGAGGAUUUGGAUCCCGGGGUUCAUUUCUCAGGGAUGA